AUGGCUCCAUACGCCAACGGACUUGCAAAUGGCCAAGUGCGCCAGCUGCCUAGCGACCCUGCAUACAAGAAUGAUCGCUUCUCGGACAUCCCUUCUACCCUAGAAAUUCAAGUCUCCGGCGGCGAUGCAGACGAAGCUGUCGAGAUCAGCCUGGAGAAUCUCUUCGACGACCCCACAGAGCUUUGCACUUUACUCGAGAAUGAGAACGCCGAGAAAAGAGCAUGGAUGAUAGUCGCAUUAGCUUACGCUCGGCAACGAAAGAUAGACCUUGCAAUAGAUAUUUUGCAGAGAGGGUUGAACAACCUGAACACAAGUCAUGGGCACAGCUCGAAGGAGAAAUUGGGCCCGCUGAGCCUUCUUUGCUGGAUGUAUCUUUUGAAGAGCAGGGUUGCCCCCCGAAUAUCCGUCAAAGAAGGAGCAGAAGCAAGUUCCAAAGAACUCUGGCUGCAGGCUGCGACGGCGAUCAUCAAUGAGGCGGGUCGAAUAAAUCCGGCGUUUCCACCCUUGUAUCUGGCACGAGGCGUGCUCUAUCUCCUGCGCACAUCACUUCAGCCUCCCGCAAAAACUGGUGCUCCGGGAAACAUCGAGCAUGUGGAACGCGUGGAGUCACUACGACUGGCGCAAAAGUGCUUCGAAGAUGCUGCGAAGGUGUCAGGCGGCAAGAAUAUGCUGGCCGUGAUGGGGAUAGCAAGGAUACAGUUUUCGCUUGGUAAAUAUGCAGACGCGCUGUUAGGAUAUCAAGAGGUGUUACUCAAGAAGCCACAACUUCAGGAUCCGGAUCCUCGAAUCGGUAUAGGGUGCUGCCUCUGGCAACUUGGCUACAAAGAAGAAGCACGUGAAGCCUGGGAGCGAUCUUUAGAGCUGAAUCCUGAAUCGAAGAUUGCGACGGUCUUGAUUGGUCUCUACUAUCUCAACCAUAGCUCCAAUUUCUCGAGUAAAGACCCAGAAUUCGCCCCAAUCUACAAAAAAGCGAUGACAGACUACACACAGCGAGCCUUCAAGCUGGACAAGGAAAUGCCUCUCGCGUGCGCGACUUUUGGCGGCUAUUUCACCCUGCGAAGAGCGUGGCCUACUGUUGAGACGCUAGCUCGAAAAGCCAUUGAGCAAACAGAUGUCAAUGCAAUUGCCAGCGAUGGCUGGUAUUUGCUCGCUCGAAAGGAACAUCACCAGGACACUCCGGAUACCACGAAAAUCACGGAUUACUACGGGCGAGCUGACGCUGCAAGAGGUGGCGGCGAGAAAGGCUUCACACCAGCACGUUUUGGCAUAGCCCAAGCCUUGGUCAUGCAAGGUGACAUUGACGGCGCAAAGUUCAGGCUUGAUAAAAUCAUACAGUCAUCGAAGAGCACUGAAGCGAUGAUGCUUCUAGGUGCUUUGUAUGCUGAGGAAGUCUUUGCUAGCGCAGCACUUGGUAUGAGAGAUGAUAAAGCGACCGAGACGAAGAGGGCCAUCGCACUUCUCGAAGCUGUUCGUAUUGCUUGGAAGGAUCCUUCGAAGAAGCUCACACCAGAUCUGUCGGUGCUUGUGUACCUCUCCAAGCUAUAUGAGCUGGAUCAACCUGACAAAGCUUUCCAGUGCUUGCAACAAGUGGAGAAAAUGCAGGUCGAUGAUCUUCUGGAAAAGGAAGGGCAGUCUCGAGAAGAUGCAGACCAAGCGUACAUAUCGAGCCUACGCGAGGAACUUUCUCCACAAUUACUCAACAAUCUUGCUUGUUUCCAAUACCAAUCGGAGAGGUUUGACGGAGCGCGAGAGUUGUUUCAGUCGGCUCUCAAUGCUUGCAUCAAGUUUGGGGAAAAGGAUGAUGCCACCGAUACAGACGCUCUGGUUACAACCGUAAGCUACAAUUUAGCAAGGACUUAUGAAGCCUACAACCAGCUCGACGAAGCCCGUGCGGUCUACGAAGGCCUACUGGCCCGACAUGACGAUUAUACGGAUGCAAGGACGAGGCUAGCUUAUAUCGAGUUGCGGCAGAAUCCAACUGAAGACGGCCCCAAAGCCAUUGCGGCGCUCAACGAAACUGACGGUAGCAACCUGGAGGUACGAGCUAUGCUUGGAUGGUACUUGAGCAAAUCGAAGAAGCGCGCUACGAACGUGGCAGACGACCAAGAACAAAAGCAUUACAAAAAGACUCUAUUAGACUACGACAAGCACGACCGCUACUCAUUGACCGGCAUGGGAAACCUUCACAGCACCUAUGCCCGAGAGAUGCGAAGAUCAACAGACAAAGAGAGGGAGAAACGAAGUAAUGAGUAUAUGCGAGCAAUCGGCUACUUUGACAAAGUCCUGCAGCUCGAUCCAAGAAAUGCAUAUGCCGCACAAGGUGUUGGCAUUUCUUUGGUAGAAGACAAGCGAGAUCUUACGGGGGCAGUUCACAUCUUUUCAAAAGUCAAGGACACCAUCCGUGAUUCAAGCGUCCUCGUUAAUCUCGGGCACAUCUUUUGCGAUCUCAAGCAAUUCACGCGUUCGAUAGAGAAUUACGAAGCCGCCCUAAAUAAAGACCGUUCUCAGGAUCCUCAGGUACUUGCCUGCCUCGGUCGCGUCUACCUACUCAAAGGCAAAUCCGAGAAAUCUCCCCAGGCCAUUCGCACGUCUCUUGAAUACUCCCGCCGCGCCCUCACCAUCGCUCCAUCCCAAAUCCAUUUCAAGUUCAACAUUGCCUUUGUCCAAAUCCAACUCGCCCAACUCCUAUACUCCCUCCCAGAAACCCAACGGACGCUACAAGAAGUCGUCGACGCCGACAAAGGCCUUGACGAAGCCAUCGCAGCCUUUACAGAAAUCGCCCAAGCCAAGAACCCUCCUUUCCCCGCCCAUGACAUCGAACAGCGCGCCAAUAUGGGCCGCAAUACCAUGAAACGACAAUUAGAGCGGGCAAUAAACAGUCAAAAGCAAUACGAAGAGAAGAACGUAAAUCGUCUGACCGAAGCCAAGAAGACGCGCGACGCAGAGCUAAAGAAACGCGAAGAGGAGCGUAAGAAGGCUGAAGAAAUUGCCGCAGAGCAGCGGCGCAAGAUCCAGGAGGAACGCCACAAGCUGCUCGAAAUCAGCCGCACCCUAGCUGAACAGCGCGCCGAAGAAGAACGACGGAAAGAAGAAGCAGAAAUGACUACGGACAGCGAAACGGGCGAUAAGAUCAAGAGAAAGAAACGCCCGCGCGCACCUGGUGGUGGCAAGCGCAAGAAGAAAGGCGACGGCAGUGGGUCAGAGAGCGAGAUCUCUGCCGCCGAGAAACCACGGCGAAGGAGACGGGGGAAGAAGAGCGCGGAUACUACGGCUGGAGAGACGGAGGAUGAUGAUCGUGCCGGUGGCAGUGCAGUGGCGAAGAGGGGAAAGAAGAGGAGGAAGUUGGCGAGGAAGGGAGGGGAAAAGAGUGGGAAAUUCAAGAGCAGUGAGUUUGUGGGUGAGAGCGACGAGGAUGGCGAUGGCGAUGCGGAGCCUGCUGUCGAUGGUGGGAAGAGGAAGAGUGCGACGGGGACUGAGGAGGAUCAGGAUAUGGACGAUGCGCCGUCGGCGGCUAGUCGCCCCGGGACGGAAGAUGAAGAUGACGAGGAUGAUGUGGGGACCAGAAGAAGGGGCGGUGCGAGGAGGAGGAUCGCGGAGUCGGAGGAUGAGGAUGAUGGGGAGGUGGAAGGGGGUAAUGUGUUUGCGGAUAAGGAUAUCAGUAUGGUGGAUGAGUCUGUCGCUGCGACUGGAAGUGCGGUGGCAGGUGGGGAUGAAGCAGGCGCAAUGGGGAGGGCUGCUGGAGAGGGAUUCGGGGCUGAUGAUGGAUGA